AGUUUGAUUGAUUAUUAACGCAGGUUCAUGUUAUUCAAUAGAAAGAUUAGAAAUUAUUUUGAAACACAUCUCGUCUUGUUCAUCUAUAUGAAUUAUGUGCAGCUUUGGAACAGUGUGUAUUAAUAAAGCACUAUAUGAAAUUGAAUUUCACAAUAAAACAUCUGUAUUUUUUAUUUUAGAUUGAAUGAUCGUAGUAUGUUUGCAGUAGACGGUUAUUUCGGUGAGGCCUGGUAAAACCAGGAGCAUUUGCUUGAGCAUUUCUUUAUUCAAACCAGCGCAACCCCUGUGGGGGAAUUGAUUUGAAGCUGAUUGUAUACUGUGUGUGCACCAAACCCAGACACUCUUUCUUUUCUUCGGUCUCAUUGUCACAACGCAGCUGGAUUUGCUCAUAUAACAGCACUUCAUUUGUUCAAUAUGGCACAACAAUAAGAAUGUUUUAUCUCAUCUGUUACGCAAAGAAAUGGCUGUUUAACAUACGUUGUAAAAUGUUUAAAUAAUUUAUGAAGUAAAAGUCUCCUCCAGGUACAAACAAUAAAACGGUAACCAUCAAACGCUUGCGUACACUGAAACAAGAGCGUCACAAUACAUCAAGGAUCAUGUGUUCCAGGACAACCGCAUCUUCCCAUCCCGCACACCUUUUACAUGAACAUGCGUGCAUGUAUGACCCGUGUGUCCAUGGCAAUAGUGUAGUGUUUGCAUUUCUACAGCUGUACAGAUUUAACCCCUCCAUUGUCAGGUGGACAAUGCCGCGCCCCUCCCUCCAUGCUGACCCGGGGCUUUUACUGGGCCCUUGCCAGGGGAGGCUUUAAAAGGGUAGAUGCACAUGCCAGCCUCCACUCUCCCAUCAGGACGUCCCAAGGGCAUCGAAGCGAGACAGGAUGACUCAUCAUUGCACCAAGUUCUCUGGCCAUUGGAAGAUCAUCGUGUACGAUGAGGAAUGUUUCCAGGGUCGCCACCAUGAGUUCACCUCCGAAUGCUGUAACGUCAUGGAGUUCGGGUUCGAGACCGUGCGCUCACUGAGAGUCGAGAGCGGAGCGUGGGUGGGAUACGAGCACGGAUCUUACCAGGGUCAUCAGUUUGUGCUGGAGCGUGGAGACUACCCUCAGUGCGAUGCCUUUGGAGGAAGCAACGCUUACCACAUCGAGAGGAUGACCUCCUUCAGACCCAUCUCCUGCGUUAACCACAGGGAGAGUAGAAUGACCAUCUAUGAAAGGGAAAACUACCUGGCCCGUAAGGGCGAGCUGAGCGACGAUUACCCGUCUCUUCAGGCCAUGGGAUGGUGCCACAAUGAAGUGGGAUCUAUGCGUGUUCAGUCCGGAGCGUUUGUAUGCUACCAGUACCCUGGUUACCGUGGAUACCAGUACAUCAUGGAGUGUGACCGCCACUGUGGGGAGUACAAAAACUUCAAGGAGUUUGGCUCCCAUUGCCAGACCCCUCAGAUUCAGUCCAUCCGACGUAUCCAGCAGUAACUUUACUUCUCCCCGUCUCCCUGACAAAACCCUCAUGCCCCUUUCUGCUCCGUGCUAAAUAAACUGUCUUUCUUAAACUUCAUUGACCUCUUGUUAUACAUCGGUGUCCAGAUAUGGUACGUUCAUUCAAAGCUCAGUGCAGAAAAAAGCUCAUUUAUGUCAUGAAGAAAUAAAGUGAACAUGUAUUGAACACUGCGCAUAUUAGUAUAAAUAGUUUAAAACCAGUGGUGUAAAGUAUUGGAGUAAAUGUACUUAGUUACUUUACUUAAGUAUCUUUUUGGCUACUUUGUAGUUGUACUGAGUAUUAAAGAUAUUAGCAACUUUUACUCUCUACUUAACUACAUUUUUGAACAAGUAUAUGUACUCUUUACUCCACUACAUUUGUAAUGACUAAUGCAGUUACACAUUACAUUUUGCAUGCCACCUAUCUUAUAAUUAAUAUUGCCAUUUACAGGGCAAUGAAGGUACUACAAUCUUGUGGAUUUUGCCAUAACUUACAAAAACUUGUCAACAUGGCUUCUUUAUAUGAAUAUGAGUGCAGUAUCAGGUAGAUGUCAAUCGCUGGCGGUUUAUACAUGGUUAGCCCUUACCCGCUAUUUCUACAGUAAUAUAUUGGCAACACUGUUGCCAGCUAGUUACUGUAGGUCACACAUCUAUAGCUCUUAUUUUAA